CUCCUCCGGCCCGUUCUUUCCCCUCCCUCCCAUCGCAGCGUGCAGCUUCUUUUCUCCCUUUUCCACAAUUGUGCCAUCGGGGAAGAUCAUGAAUUUUUUGUGCCUUGCCUUCGCCCUGAGUUCUUGGGGGGUUUACAGCUUGGGAGACCCCGGCCCCUUAGAGGAUGUCGUCAUUGAUAGAUACUACAUCCCCAAAGUGUGCUUGCGAGAAGUUCAGAUGGGUGACUUCGUCCGCUACCAUUACAAUGGGACCUUUCAAGACGGCACCAAGUUUGACUCCAGCUAUGACCGUGGUGCUACUGUGGCAGGUGUCGCAGGUGUGGGACGACUCAUCACUGGCAUGGACAGGGGCCUUCAGGGCAUGUGUGUGAAUGAAAGGAGGCACCUCAUUGUGCCACCACACCUUGGCUAUGGCAGCAUUGGUGUUGCUGGUCUCAUCCCACCAGACACCACCCUCUAUUUUGAUGUCAUCUUGCUUGACAUUUGGAACAAAGAAGACAAGUUGCAGAUCACCACCCUCCAGAAGCCACAACAGUGUAAUCGCACAGUGGAGAAUUCAGACUUCGUACGUUACUACUACAAUGGCACCCUUCUAGAUGGAACCCCCUUUGAUUCUAGCUAUGGAAAAGACAAUACUUAUGACACCUAUGUGGGUUCAGGCUGGCUAAUCAAAGGUAUGGACGAAGGCUUGCUAGGGAUGUGUCCUGGAGAGAAGCGGCAAAUAGUCAUGCCUCCUUUCCUGGCCUAUGGAGAGAAAGGCUAUGGUACUGUCAUCCCCCCGCAAGCAUCUUUGAUUUUUUAUGUUCUUCUGGUGGACCUGCACAAUCCAAAAGAUAGUAUCUUCUUGGAGCACUUGGAAGUGCCAGCAUCAUGCAAACGCAAGGCUGUGACUGGAGAUUUUGUGCGGUACCAUUAUAAUGGCACUUUAAUGGAUGGGACCCUCUUCGAUUCCAGUUAUUCACGGAAUCAUACUUAUGACACUUACAUUGGAAAAGGCUAUAUUAUCCCUGGAAUGGAUCAAGGACUACAAGGGGUCUGCAUUGGUGAAAGAAGACGAAUAACAAUUCCUCCUCAUUUAGCCUACGGAGAAAAUGGAGCAGGGAACAAGAUACCAGGCUCAGCUGUACUUAUAUUUGAUGUCCAUGUCGUUGAUUUCCACAACCCCACAGAUUCCGUAGAAAUAGAGACCAUCUUCCGCCCUGCAGACUGUAACGUCACUGCUCGGGAUAGAGACUUUGUUCGCUAUCAUUAUAACUGUUCACUCCUGGAUGGCACCAAGCUUUUCUCUUCACAUGAUUAUGAACAUCCUCAAGAAGCUACCCUGGGUACCAAUAAGAUAAUUGAAGGCUUGAACAAUGGCCUACUGAGCAUGUGUGUGGGAGAGAAGAGGACUGUCAUUGUUCCUCCACAUUUGGGGCAUGGUGAAAGUGGUGCCCGGGGUGUACCUGGAAGUGCUGUUCUUCGCUUUGACAUAGAACUUUUACACCUGGAAAUUGGUGUUCCAGAAGGUUAUUUGUUCAUCUGGCAUGGUGAGCCACCACAAAACCUGUUUGAAGCCAUGGAUCUGAAUAAGAAUGGUGAAGUCCCAUCAGAGGAGUUCUCCACAUUCAUUAAGUCCCAGGUUGCAGAAGACAAAGGUCAUAUGAUUCCAGGCAUUGACCCAGAAAAAGUCAUCACAGACAUGUUUCAGAAUCAAGACCGGAAUAAGGAUGGGAAGAUCACAGCAGAGGAACUAAAACUUAAAUCAGAUGAGGAUCAAGUUAAACAUGAGGAACUCUGAAUGAUAAAGAAUCCCUUUUUUAAAAACGCUCCAGUUGGUGGUCCUUUCUCUAUUUGGGGAAGCAAAUUGGCCCCCAAUCACUGCUAGACUGGAUAUAGGAAGCCAGUAGUUUUUCCCCCCCCUCAUUUGGUUUUGCUUUGACUGUAUAUUAUUGGAAAUGAGUUAAAUGAGAAACAAAACUCAGUGGACUAAAUGAAUGAUGAUAAAUCUCCCAAUUCACUGGUUGCAUAUCCUUCCUGAAACUAAUUAUUCCAUCUCGAUUGAAUUCUGCGUUUUUCCCAGUUAUAUCACAUUGUCUUGCCCAGAAAUCUUGACAUUAAAACAGAUAUUUUGCUUGG